GGCAACCGGAUGUCCAGGAGAAUAUUCCAAUGGAAGAGGAACUGCAAUUAACAUUGGGGGCGGCGGAUGAAAAUUUCCGCUUAGUCAUGGAGGAAGACACCAUGGUAAUUCCUCCACUAACGGUGUCGGAUGGCGAGUCGGAAAUUCGGUGCGAAACUCCGAAAACGCCGAGGCAAACACCGCGCAGAACCGCUAAGCGGAAACGUGCGGAAGAAUCGCCAACAAAGGCGAAAUUUUUAAGAAUUGCCGAGGCACAGGCCGAAUCAGAAAAGAGGCUUGCUGAAAGUGCUGCAACCAACGCGGAGGCCAACCGCUCCAAUGCUGAGGCAAUAUGCAGAAUGGCUGCUGCCACAGAGCGAAUGGCUACCGUAACUGCAACAAUGGCAGAGGCCUUCACGGUGUUGGCGGAGGGGGUGAAAGCUUGUGCGCAUGCUUUCGCCCAGUUUACUAAUUCACUGGGCCCUCCCCAAUAGAUGUAAAUUGUUUGUGUAUAUACUUUUCUUUUUCUUUUUUAAGGUUCAUUAAUUUUUUGUUAAAGUUAAGCUCCUUAGCUAACAAAACCAA